UUGAAUGGAAUGAACAGAUGAAAAAGUGAUAGUGUGUAAAACUAUGUAAUUAGAUAAAUAAAAAGGAGUCGACGUCGCAGUUUGUGGAGAAAAUCUUUCUAUUUUAAUGUUUAAACUCAUAUAGAAUAUCAUUAUCAAAGCUAAAUCUGUUUCAUCUAAUAAAAUGCAAUGUUUUAAGACAUCCAUCCAAGUCAUUUUGUUGCUAAACGUUUGUUUUGCUACUUUAUCGCCACCGUCUGACAAAAAGGGACAAAAAGGUGUAAAACCACAAGAAGGGCCACGGAAGAGUAAUGUUUUAGAUCGUAAAUUAGUUACGGAAGCUCCUUUAGUUAAGGAUAUAAUAAAAUAUCAUGCGACCUACCACCAAGACGUUUAUUCGCAAAAUUUCGGUAACUCUGUCUUAGGUUAUGUUACGCCGUGGAACAACAAAGGUUACGACAUAGCGAAGAUAUGGGCACCAAAAUUCAACUACAUCUCACCAGUAUGGCUACAAAUAAAAAGACAGUCACCAAAUAUCUACAUCAUAACUGGGCUCCAUGAUGUAGACCAUGCUUGGAUGAAAUCUGUGAGACAGAAGGGUGCAAGGAACAAUAUUAAAAUUCUUCCAAGAAUUAUCUUUGAGAACUGGCAGGGAUCAGAUCUAAAAGCAUUUUUUAUGGAACCGACAUCACUAACAGAACAGAAAGCUUUUAUUGAGGAAAUAAAAAAAGCUUGCAAGCAAUGGAAAUUUGAUGGUGUUGUGCUUGAGAUGCUCUCUCAGAUUGGAAAGUAUGCUGACAAGUCUGUUAAGUUCAUACAACAAUUUGGUUUGGAAAUGAUUGAAAAUGGUUUGAGUUUGAUUUUAGUCUAUCCACCGUAUCGAGGCUUCCCUACAGAUGAAUUCUAUAUACAGGCAUUUAAUGAUAUUUAUCCUUAUGUAGAAGCUGUUUCUGUAAUGACAUAUGAUUUCUCUAAUCCACAAAAGCCUGGUCCCAAUGCCCCUUUGUACUGGAUGAAGUUAUGUUUAGAGAAACUCAUUGAUGGUGAUGAAAAUCCAUCUAAAAAAUCAAAAAUAUUACUUGGUUUGAAUUUUUAUGGUAACUCCUAUACUGUGAAUGGUGGUGGGCCUAUUGUGGGUACUGAAUACAUAGAAAUUCUCAAGAAUGCCAAAAAUAACCAAGUACUUACUUAUAAUAAUAAUACUGCAGAGAAUUAUAUUGAAAUCAGAAGUUUACAAGGUUCAAAAAAAAUAUUUUACCCAACAUUGUACUCUAUACAAAAGAGGCUAGAACUUGCUGAGGAGUACGGAGUCGGUGUUGCCAUAUGGGAAAUUGGACAAGGGCUUGAUUACUUCUAUGAUUUGUUUUGAUUUGUGAUACAAUUAGUUACAUAAUUAAAAAUACAUAUUUAA